AUGGCAAAUAAGCUUACUCAGUUCCUUAUGGGUUUGAAUGAAUAUUACGACAAUGCGAGACAUCAAAUUCUUCUUAUGGAUCCUAAGCCAAGUCUUAAUCGAAUGUAUGCUAUGUUACUUAGCAUUGAAAGACAAAGAGAAGUUCAGUCACACAUGAACGAUCAAACUGAGAAUUUUGCCAUGUUCAUGAAGGACAAUUUUGAACAGCAUAAAGGACAAAACAAUGGAAAGAGUAACAGAGAGGGGCACAACCAAGAAGGAUGUUUUAAGUUGAUUGGAUAUCCUGACUGGUGGAAGGGAAAUAAAGAACAAAAAUCGAAGAAUGCAGUCAACCUUUCUAAUACGCCUUUCUCUUGUUAUGAAGAUCAACCAGAAUCUUCCUCUAGGUCCUCUGGAAAACUCAACAAAAGUGAGAUAGCUGCUGCCUUCAAUGAGAUGAUAAAGAAUUACUUUGUCGAAGAAAAAGGAAAAGGAAAAGAUACUUUCUACGAAGAUUUGAAUGUCAUGACUGAUGUUAGAACCAUAGUUAAUGUACCUUUGUUUUUACCUGAUGGAACAACUAAGCAUGAUCCUAAAGACAACAACAUCAUAGGAAAAGGGGAAUUGAUUCAAAACCUUUACAUCCUAGAAAACCUAGGAAUAGAAACUGUUAUAGAAAAUAAUACUUUCAAUACAUGUACUGAUUUUUUACUACUACAUAGAAGGCUAGGUCAUCUUUCUGAUGUUGCACUAAAACAUGCAUAUCCUAUUAAUAAAGAUGAAAAUGUUCAUUGUGAUAUAUGUCCAAUUUCCAAACUAAAAAGACUGCCUUUUUAA